UCUCAUAUGAUUCUGCUCACAAAAUUCGAACCUGUUAAAAGAGGGUUCAGCAACUGGACACCACAGGGCCUAAAUCUGGUCCCCUAAGGGUGAAGACCCAUCUGCUCUGCCCAGCUGCCACCUCAAAGGCCAAGUGAGUCUAAAGGAAAUCUGGCAUAUUAUCAGAAAUAUCUGCAACACAACUGGGGAAAAAAUGCACAGGACAUCAGACAAAAUUCAACAAAAGAAUGCCAUAGAUUCCAUUAAAGGGAAGUCUAACUGAGGGCAUAAAGUGAAGGAUCAGGUGCUGAACUCCAGGAAGCUCCAAGAUGGCUUUACAGCAGCCUAUUUUGAACCCGUGCAUUCCCUUUACUGGCCCAAUUUUUGGAGGUCUGAGUGAGGGGAAGAUGGUUGUAAUCCAAGGCCAGGCCCGGGCUGCUGUGAAAAGAUUCUCAGUUAAUCUAGUGUUGGGUAAUGGUGACAUCGCCUUCCACUUCAACCCACGUUUUGAUGAAGGCAGAGUAGUUGUAUGUAACACGCAGCAAAAAGGCUGCUGGGGACCUGAGGAGCGCACCUAUACCAUGCCCUUCCAGCCAAGUACUUAUUUUGAGAUGAUCAUCAACAUCAAGAGUCACUGCUAUCAGGUGUCUGUCAAUGGUAACCACUUCCUGGAGUAUAAGCACCGCCUUCCCUUCCAUGAGGUCCAGACAUUGCAGAUCUUUGGAGAUGUCUCUUUGAAUUGCAUCAACUUCACUGUGGCUAAUCCUCCACCCCCUUACACCCCUCCUGCUUGGAAUGUUGUGAGCGCUACCACAGUCGGCAGUAUGUUUGCUCAGCCAAACUAUGUGCAGCCAGCAUUUUCCAGGAAGAAGAAAAAGAAUGCCCAGGGCAACAGUGGAGUGACUUUGUGCAAUCCUGCUGUCCCAUUCCACGUUGCCAUUCCAGGGAAUUUCACUCAGUUCCGCAAGAUUACAAUUGUGGGGAAUGUGCCUCUUCACUCAAACAGAUUCCAUGUGAACCUCAAAAACACCAUGACAGGCAACAUUGCCCUGCACAUCAACCCCCGACUGAAGGAGGGAGCGGUAGUCCGGAACACCCUCACCAAUGGCACUUGGGGCUCUGAGGAGAGGCACAUUCCUGCCAUGCCUUUUUCCCUUGGCCAGGCCUUCCAUAUGGAGAUCAUCAACCUGAAGAAUAACUACCAGGUGACUGUGAAUGGGAUUGUAUUAUUCAAUUACACCCAUCGAAUCUCUCCAGGACAUGUGGACCAACUGGAAAUUGCUGGGGAUGUGACCCUCUCCUGUGUGCAGUACUGACAAGUCUCUGUUCUCCUUACAUAACAUUUUCACUCAGCUCUUGAGAGAACAGCAAAGGCAUAUCUGUAGUGGCUCCUCCCUGCCUGCUGCUGUUUCAGAUCAGUGCUGCUUCAAAAUAUGUCAUGCACACCUGACCUGCAAACUUAAAACUGGCUGAUCUAUUGUGGCUUCCUUACAUGGAACUCAGGAAAUUAUAGACUGAAAGUGGGUUAAGGAUCACUUGCAGAAAAAAUGUGAUAGCUUUGUGGAAUACCUGGGGUAGGGAAGUCAUGACUGCUAAAUAAAUCUAACUCCUGACGAUCAUGUAGAACAGAUGUAAAUUUUCAAGUGUUGUGUAAAGAUGGUGAAGGGAGAUCUUACUGAUUGGACAGCAGAUAGCAAUUUCUGUCUCAAAUUCAAAUAACAAUUGUUUACUUCCCCUUACACUUAAUCAUGCUUUGUACUCUUAUGUAAAUUAUGUCCCAUAUACCUCCUCGAUGAAAAAUAAAGUAAAUACCAAUCAAA